AUGGCUUAUACCGUACGUGAAGCCUGUUUUCAUCACGGAAAUUGGAUAAUACAAUAUGAUUUAAGUGCAAGAGCAUUAACUGAUUCGUUCGGUUCAAGUUCCGGGCAUUAUGGACAAGUCGUGGAUAUACUUCAGAAUGCAGGCUUUGUUCGCGUUCGAUAUAAUGUAUUCCGUCACAGGCAUGGUUGUUAUCUUCAGCAUGCAAUACAAACCGUGGGUAUUAUCAGACUAUUACCAUGGGCAGGUG